AUGCUGAACAUGAUUAUUGAUGAUAAUGAAAGUGAAACAAUCAAAAUAUUAAAAUUACAAUUACUUCUUGCUCAAGAAAAACUCAAACAAGAACAAGAAGCAACAAAACGAAAACGAAUAGAAGAAGAAGAAGCAACAAAACGAAAACAAGAAGAAGAAAUAACAAAACGAAAACAAAUAGAAGAAGAAGAAAAUACCAAAAGAAAAGCAUUAGAAAUUAUGAAACUGAAUGAAAAAUUAAGAAAACGAAUGAAAGAAUCAUUUGAAAACGAAUCAUAUGAAAACGAAUUAUCAUCAACCGAUGAUGGUUUCUUAGAAUAUUCAUCGGAUUCUGAUAUUGACAAUGAUUUCAUUAAUAACAACAUUUGUCUGUUCGACGUCAAUUUCUUGUUAGAAGAAAAUGAUCAUUUUAAUGAAUCGAUAGAAAAUUAUAUUCAAGAUUACAUACAAAAUAUUUCAUCAUGUACAAAAAAAGGUGAAAAUGAAUAUCAAAAUGUAUUUGAUGAAUUAAUGUUGAAAUUAUUAUGCAGUUUUCAUGGUAGAACAUCAUUAUCAUAUUUAAAUACACGAAAUAAAAAUUAUUUGGAAGGAAAAUCGCCUAAUUGUACAUUUAUCUUCAAUGAUAUCAAUAUUAAUAUUAAAAAUGAAUAUCAAUGUCUUCAAGAUUUUGUUGUCAUUAUUGGCAAUAUUAAAGAACCAACGGAAUCUAUCGAUGAUAUAGAAGCAAAAAGUGAAAUAUUAAUGUAUUUGAAAAUCUUGUUAAAUAAACAAGACCGUAAUAAAAUUUAUGGCUUUUUAACCAAUAAUAAAUGUAUCAAAUUUUUUUGUGUCAAAAAAAAUUCAGAUUUUUAUUUAUAUGAUUAUUUUGAAAGUCCAACAUUGAAUAUGUUUGAUUAUUUAUUUAACGUAACACCAUCAAUGAAGAUGUUCAAAACAAAUACAUCAUUUAUUGAAGAAUCGAAAAAUAUUUCUCUCAAUAAAGAAACAUGGAUUAUAUUUACAAAGUUUUUAAUAAUGCACAAAGAUUUUUAUGAAUAUACAACAUUAAAUAUAAAUGAUAUUCAUACAGUAUUAUCAAAUAGAUAUUCGAUUAUGAAAACAUUAGGAAAAUGUUCAACAUCAAAUUUUUAUUUGUUAGAAAAAACAAAAAACAAUAUUUACAGUAAUGAUACUGAACAUUGAAAUUUUUUAUUAUUUAAAAAUGAAUUGGAAUCUAUAAAAGCAUUACCAUUAAUUCAAUCGAAACAGCUGAUUGAUAUAAUUCAAUAUUUAUAUGAUUCUAAUAUUAUUCAUCGUGAUUUGUGUCCACAAAAUUUAAUGUUAGAUGGUCAUAUUCAACAAUUGAAAUUAAUCGAUUUCAGUUUCGCAAGUCAAUAUGAAAAAAAUGAAAUAACAAAACAAUUAUCAAUAAAUGGUACAAUCUCAUUUGCUGGACAUGAAUUUCUUUAUUUUAUUUCGAAUUUAUCAUUGGAUUCAAUAAAAUCUCAAUUCUAUGCUUAUGAACGUAAUUUUGAUCUUAAAUCUGCUUUACAUCUCAUCAUAUAUAUGAAUGAUAAUAAUAUUCAAUUAAAGAUGAAAUCAAUUCAAAAAUUGAAAUAUUUUAUAGAUGAAGCAACACAAACAUUAAAUUUAUGGAAAAUUUUGCAACACAAUAAUAAAUAUUAUUCAAAUUUAUUAACUUUAAUAGAUAGUACAAUUCAAUCAUCAACAUUUAAAAUUAUUAAAAAAGAAAUAGAAAAAUUUGUAUAUACAUAA